AUGAUCCCGAGCUUGACGGCCUCCUGCCUGCUCCCGCUCCUCCUGGCCAGCAUCGCGCAGCCGGACCCCAAGCCAGAGAAGACGAAGAUGGACUGCUACAAAGACGUGGAAGGCACCAUCUUCAACUACGAGGCCGUCACGCUCGCCGGGAAGGAGCGCGUCCAGUUCUCGAAGUACGCGGGCAAGCUCGUCCUCUUCGUCAACGUGGCCACCUACUGCGGCCUGACCGCUCAGUACCCUGAGCUGAACGCCCUCCAGGAGGAGCUGCAGCCCUCUGGCCUGGUGGUGCUGGGCUUUCCCUGCAACCAGUUUGGAAAGCAGGAACCGGGGGAGAACAGCGAGAUCCUUCCUGCGCUCAAGCACGUCCGGCCAGGGGGCGGAUUCGUCCCCAACUUCCAGCUCUUUGAGAAAGGGGAUGUGAAUGGUGAAAAGGAACAGAAGGUCUUCACCUUCCUGAAGCGCGCCUGUCCUCACCCCUCUGAGCUUCUGGGCUCCUCCAAACGUAUCUCCUGGGACCCCGUCCGCGUCCACGACGUCCGCUGGAACUUCGAGAAGUUCCUGGUGGGGCCGGACGGGGUCCCCGUCAUGCGCUGGUUCCACCAGACUCCGGUCAGCGUGGUGAGGUCGGACGUCCUCGCCUACCUGAAGCAGCUCCAGGGGAACCAGGACGCCCCUGACCUGGCCCUUCCCGCCCGCCCCUCCCGAGAAGGGCCUCUUCCGGCGCCGACCCUCCCCGGGCAGCCCGUCCGGCCUCCUAGCCCCGCGGGCCGCGUGCUCCGCGUCCCUGGGCGCCGCGUGCCCGCGCUGCCACUCCCUGCAGGGCGGGCGGCGCCGCGCACCCCGACCCUCUGGCCUCCAAAGCCUCCUGUGCCGCCUGCUCCGGGGCGCCCCGGGCUUGGCCUCCGGGUGGUCUUCUGCAGGACGAGAGCCCCUCUCAGCCCAGUCCUCCGCCCACAGCCCCCUCCAUCUCCAAUAAAAUGUUUCCGCAGCAUCAGCUCUCGGCGCUUUUCCACCCCGUCUCGGCGCCCGGUCUCUCCGCUGAGCUCACUCCCCGCCCAUGCCCAGCCGGCCACAGCCUCCCGCGUGGGCGCCUGGAGGUCCCAGGGCUUCCGCUGCUGCCCGGGGCCCGCCUGCCCCUGCCGGGAGCUCAGCCCUUCUGGUCUGGGAGGGCAGGCAGAGCCCUUGGCACUGACUCUGCCGGCCUAG